UUUUUAAUCAAGAAGCUUUACACAUCGACGCCCUUCACCUUGCUGCUUGCAAAUAAGAACACCUUGCUUCCAGUCAUCCAGCUGAGAUCGAUCGAUAGGGGAUAUGUGGACUCCAGUGUUCUUUUUCGUAUUCGCCCUCUGCCUUCUGGAUGGAUCCAGUGCCCGCCGCUAUGGCCGAUGGGGGGGCACAGAAGGGAUCGAGUUUAGCGACGGCGAGUCCAAAGGGAUUGUGUGCAUGCGACUCUGGCACGGUGAAGUGUUUGAUGGUCUCCAAGUGAUGUAUGACUAUGGAGAUGGUCAGUAUAUCUGGGCACCAGCUCAUGGCACCACCACACACAAGGCACCGACACAGAUAUGUCUGGACUAUCCCAAUGAAGAGAUAACCCAAAUGAGAGGAUUCGGAGGACCAAGCAAGUUCACGAGAGAUGGGAUAAAUCAGCUCACCUUCAUCUCCAGCGACAAAUACACUGGGCACCAGAAGAGCUAUGGGCCAUAUGGAAUCACAAGAGGACAGUUUUUCGUCACUCCAGUCGGCAAAUUCGUGGGCUUCUGGGGCUUUGCUACACAAACUCAGUACUUCAGAGGCAUCGGAAUGUAUCUGGAGCGACCCUGCUAUCCUGGAUCCAGCUUUAAUUCGUCAUCCACACUAGAGCUCAAUGUGGCUUAAGCUUGUUUGAUCCUUGAUCAUGUCCGAGAAUUUAUACGUAUGACAUGUCCUUUGGCCCUGUGCUCCUCGAAACAUAGUUCCCUGUGCCGUAGUGCCUCGCGACUCGA